AUGGCCGACGCAACACCCGCGACUUCGGCUCCUCAGGCCACCACCUCCCCUGCUGCUGCUAUUCCGUCGCAGUCGCCAUACCCAACCACAUCGCAGAGCUCUGAUUCGACGCCAUCGACGACUGCAUCCGCUGCCCAGGCCCAGGCUCAAGCCGCCGCCGCUGUGGCCGUGGUCGGCAACCAGAAUGGCACAAACGGCAGCACCGGCGAGGAGUUCCCUUGUAUGUGGCAGGGCUGCAGUGAAAGGUGUACCAACCCUGAAGCACUUUAUGAACACGUCUGUGAGAGACAUGUUGGUCGCAAGUCGACCAACAAUUUGAAUUUAACUUGUCAAUGGGGAAACUGUCGCACGACAACUGUCAAGCGCGACCAUAUCACCUCACACAUCAGAGUGCAUGUUCCCUUGAAGCCGCAUAAGUGCGACCUCUGUGGCAAGGCCUUUAAGCGACCCCAGGAUCUGAAGAAGCACGUCAAAACUCACGCAGAUGACUCGGUGCUUAUCCGCUCCCCGGGGCCUGACUCGAGAGGCCAGGAUGCUCCCUUUGGCAUAGUCAGUAAUCCGAAAGGAUUUCCUGCUGGCGGUCAUUACUUCGAGCAAUCGCUAAACCCAGUUCAUGCCGCUCCAGGCUAUCAUCAGCCUCCUCAGUACUAUCAAGGACAACCGCACCCACAACCUAACCCAGCUUACGGAAAUGUGUACUACACUCUUAAUCAAGGCGAUAACCCAUCGGCUUAUGACUCGCGCAAGCGCAUUUUCGAGUCAGUGAACGAUUUCUUCGGCGAUACCAAACGCAGGCAGUUCGAUCCUACCUCAUACGCAGCUAUUGGACAACGCCUAGGUGGUUUGCAAGGAUUGCAGCUACCUAUGAGUACUGGCCCUACCCCCGAGUUUCACGGAAUGCAUGGAGCGGUCGGCGUAGCUCAUGGCGGUUACGGCCCAGCUUUGGCUGCUCCUGCCUACCAUUUACCCCCAAUGUCCAAUGCACGCACCAAGAAUGAUCUGAUCGAGUUGGACCGCAUGCUCGAUACCAUCCACACUACAGUUUAUGAGAACGACGAUCAUGUCGCGGCUGCAGGCAUUGCUCAACCUGGUGCUACAUACGUACCCCGAGCAAACUACGGAACUACACACCAAUCACCGCCUGUACAACUCCCGUCGAGCCACGCAGUGGCAGCAACUACCCAUACAUCGAAUGCCUCUAUCAUCGCCGCAAGCUCUCCAGGAAAUACCCCCGCUUUGACACCUUCUAGCACUGUAUCCUACGCUUCAGGACACUCGCCGAGCUCGUAUUCACAGCGUGUCACGCCGCCACAAGAAAUGGCCAUGUACCCGCGCCUGCCAUCAACAAGCGCUCAUGAUAUGGCCUCAAACUACGUGACCUCAGCCAAUGCUGCUACCCCUUCCACCCUGGGCAACAACGUUGACUAUAACGACCGUCGACGCUGGACCGGUGGUGUCCUAGAACGCAGCCGCCCUGACGAUUACCAAAAGAUAUCGGAGCUUGACGGAGUGGAUGAUCGCGAGCGCACUCCAACCGGAAAGGCCCACCCUGAAGAGGCCAAAGAAAACCAGAAGUUCCACAAUAGCCUCAUCGACCCUGCAUUACAGCAGGAGACUUCUUCUCCCAAUGCGGAAACCGCGAAGCGGACUGCACAGGCUGCUACCGAUGCUGCUAAGAAAUCAGAGGAGGAGUGGCUAGAGAACGUCAGAAUCCUCGAACAACUGCGUGCUUAUGUUAAGGACCGUCUCACUCGUGGAGAUUACGAGAGUGGAGAUCAUGCUGAGGCUAGUGAGAACCAGCGUCCUGCGUCCGAAGCGCGGUCAGACCAGAUGGAGGGUAUCGAACACACAUCUGCAGAAGAGACUGCCAAAUCUGCCGAGAGCUUGAUCAAGUCAGCAGGUAUAAACAAUACGACUGAAGAACAAGCGAAUGGCUUGUAUCCGGUACUAAAGGAAGUCGAGGAUGACGGGGACUCGAAAAUGGAGUAA